CUCGGUGGGACAAAAGACUUGCACCCUCGAAGUGGCAGCUGGAAAUAUCACCCCUUCCCAUAAGUUUCACACCUCUGAUUUGCAAGCGCUGUUUAGCUUGCUAUUUAGCUUUUUGUGUGGAAAAAGGAAUAUUAAAGAAGUCGCCCAUCUCCGGAAUUUCUACUUGAUUUUAUUUUUUUCCAUUUGAAUUCCUGCCCAAAGAGAAAUAUCAGGACCCAUCAGCUGCAGAAGCAAGACGCACACAUUGGCGGAUCAUUUUGAAGAACUUGGCAUCUGUACAGCAGACAUUGUGGGUAACGUAGGGUUAUUCGGCGUUUUUUCCUGAUAUAUUUUCUUAAUGAAAACCCUACGACAGUGGACUAAGGAAGAUGGAAGGACUAUAACUUUGGAACGGAAUUGGAGCUGACACGGUUGCGAGAUAAGAUAAUCUACUGACUCCCGACUGUUUUAUGGAUGGUAAUUAGAGCUCCAGUUCUAAGAUGCCCCCCUCUGCCACACUACCGCUGGUGCUGAUGCUGCUGGAGGCUCUGCUGGGCGGGGGACUGUGCUGUCCGCACCCGUGUGCCUGUUACCUCCCGACUGAAGUGCACUGUACCUUCCGCUCCCUGCUCAAAGUGCCUGCUGCUAUACCCAGGGAGGUGGAGCGCAUGAAUCUGGGAUUCAACACGAUUAAUGAGAUAACUGAAAGCUCAUUUGCUGGAUUAAGAAAACUGGACCUUCUAAUGUUGCAUGGCAAUGACAUCCACAAAAUCCCCCAUGGUGCCUUCAAGGAUUUGGAGUCCUUACAGGUCCUGAAAAUGAGUUACAACAAAGUAAAAGUGAUCACUGGACACACCUUGGUGGGCUUAUCGGGCCUGAUGAGACUACACUUGGACCACAACCGCAUCGAGUUCAUCCACCCGGACGCAUUCCACGGCAUGACGUCUUUGCGCCUCAUCAACUUGGAGGGCAACCACCUCCAGCAGCUCCACCCCUCCACCUUCAGCACCUUCUCCCUGAUGCAGCAGUUUCCCCUCUCCACCGUCAAGCACUUGCACCUGGCUGACAACCUGCUCACCACCCUCCCUAACAACAUGCUGACAACCAUGCCGCAGCUGGAAAGUCUCUUCAUCUAUGGCAAUCCCUGGAGCUGUGAUUGUAGAAUGAACCCUUUCUUGCAUUGGAUUGCUGGUCAUCCUGGAGUUCUGAAAUGUAAGAAGGACAAAGCAUACCCUAAGGGGCUUCUCUGCCCAAUGUGCACAUCCCCAAAACAUCUGGCAAACAAAACCAUUUCAGGCCUCGAGGACCCCCCGUGCUCAGGACCCCGUAUCGCCUCCACUGAGACGGAUCCCACCUCGGAGCCCGGCCCAAGUGAAGAACUGCUGACCACAGACCAGUUACGACAGCCGUUUGGAAACAUCACACUCAAUCUUUCUGAUGAGCAUGGAAAUAAAGUGGAUCUCAGCUGUCGAAUCGAGGCACCGGGAGAUUCCACUAAAAUUGGAUGGGGAAUGGACUCUGAGCAGAUUGCGGCUAACAUGACUCUCUCCCUGAAUCUGGACUGCCCCAUUGAGCGGGAGGAUUAUGAGAGGCUGUGGAAGCUGAUUGCGUACUACAGUGAGGCACCUGUCCACCUACAGAGAGACAUCAUGCUGAGUAAACAGCCCAAGCUGAGUUAUAGGUACAGGCAAGAUGUGGAAAGGGACGCGUAUUACUAUACGGGAGUGCAAGCCAGGGUUAUAUCUGAGCCGUCCUGGCUGAUGCAGUCCUCCAUGAACUUACAACUGAACAGGCCCCAAUCAACUGGGAAAAACGUCAAGCUCUUCCUAGGGACACAUUUUUCCUCCAAAUUUGAGACUGAAAUGGUCAGACGACAACGGAGAGAAUGGGUUAUUAUCGAACACAACAACAAAACCGAGACUUCCCUGACUGGUUUAGCGAGGGGCACAAUGGAAAUGGACUGCAAUGUGCUAAGUUCAGGUCACCCAUCUGUCAGUUGGCUGCUGCCUGACGGUUCAAAAAUGAGGGCGCCACACACCAGCACAGACGGCAGGAUUGUAGUCUCUAGCAAUGGGAAGAUGGUCAUAAAAGCACUGAGCCACACUGAUGCAGGGGUGUAUUACUGCACUGCCGAGGUGAAGAACGAUCUUGACUUUCUAGCGUUUCGCCUGGCCGUGGUGGAGUCCUCGGCUCCACCGCCAGGCGAUAAGGCAGGCCCGGCGGUAGCACACUCAGUCGGAGAGCCUGUAUCCCUGCCAUGCAUCACCUCUGCAGCCCCUGACGCUGACAUUUACUGGAUUUUCCCGGACGGGAGCAAAGCCAGCGUUAGAGCCAACUCGUCAAAGGCGUACGUUUUCGCCAACGGAACACUGUUUAUGCCACACAGCCAGCUCAGUAACAAUGGAUAUUACAAGUGUGUGGCUAUUAACUCGCACGGGUCAGACACUCUGGCAUCCAAGGUCACAAUCACACCAAGAGAGGGGGGCUUACAGCCUCUGAAACGGUACCCCAUGAGGCCGCAGUCUGCUGCAGGAGUCUCCACUAAAAUAAAAGCUUUCAUUGAGGAUGUGGAUGAGUCUUCGGGAGAUUAUGGGAACUGGGAAAAAAGACAAAAUAAUCUGAACAGUGUUCGUAGGAACAGGACAAGGAUACCCCAGGCUAGAUUCCGUGGAAAACCACACCAAUAUCCUCAGCGAAGACUGCCUGGCUCUAGAAAACAUAUUCGAAAAGGAUAUAACGGCCAAAAUAGGCAGGAUGGUGCAGGGAUAAGAAGAAAAUCUGGAGCACCGAUAGAUCCUCAAAAAUGGGCAGCCAUUUUAGCCAAAAUUCGUCAACAGACUGCUGCUAAAACCACUACCCCUAGCCCUGUUCACAUGAGUGCAGUGGUGACAGAAGUACCUCCUGAAGAGCCCUCCCACUCAAGAAAGCCAGAUCCUGUUGACAGUACUGAGGGAUCAACUCCAGAUGACACUAACCUGCCAAAAGAAGAAUUAAAUGUCCGCAACACUCCUCAAAUUCCUCCGCAAAUUCCCCAACACCAAACAGUCACAGUCCCAGCUCACACAACAUACCAGACUAAUGAUAUUUACCAAUUACAAACCCCUAAAUUGAACACAGUGGUAAAACCACAAAACUCUGUGCUAGAUAGUGCUGUGAAUCCCACCUCAGCAGCUGGCCAUACAAACACACAAAGGGCUCCUCCUGAAGCCAUAAACAUUGAAGACGACGAUGGCCUGCACAAAACACAUAUUGUGACAGUGGAAAAUAAUCAGGCUGUCACUGUUUCACUUACUACCCCAAAACUUAAGUCGGUUGCCAUCGAAGCUGAAUCAGAAACUCCUGGGGUAAACACGAAUGAUAAAGGUGUCAGCCUCACUUCAAAGUUCACAACCUCUUUACCUUCUGUCAAAACCACACUUACUCCAUCUACAUCUACAUCUGCCAAACAAGGAGCGCCAUCUCGGCCAAACAGCCCAUGGAAUUCAAGAAGACGGUUCGGUAAUAGGAGACGGAUAAACAGACUCAGACAAAGACCACAACCACCACGUCGAACUACUCCGGAGCCACAGCGACCGGCAACCUUCACCACCACCACUACCACCACCUUAUUGCCGGUCAGAUCUUCAGAAGCCCCAGAAGUUAGCAUUAGCACAUUAUCUAGCACUGCUCUUCUAACUGAAAAUGCAGUUGUUGUCUCAGAGACUACUCUGUCAUUACACACGGAUGGAAUACUGACAAGACAGGAACAGCUCAAUCUUAAUUAUGCUGAGUCGGGAAAGCAGCCUGUUACGCCAGAGAGUACUUCUUCACCAUUACUGUCACUUGUGACAACACAGGGAAACCCCCAAGGACACCAGCACACUGCUUCUGUGGUGGAAAUCCCAACUACUACUACAACCGCGCCAAGUCACAAAUCUGUCUCUAUGGCGGCUGGCCAUGAAGAGUCCGUGUUAGUCAUCUCUGCAGACUUGGAACUGGACGAAGUGCUUAGUGAACAUGUGACAACUCAGAGCUACACAACAAGUGAUGCUACAUCACCACAAUCAGAGAUAAGCAUUAGAGAACAAGUCACAAGUCAGAGCUACACAACAACCGAUGCUACAUCACCACAAUCAGAGAUCAACAUUAGUGAGCAUGUCACAACUGAGAGCUACACAACAAGCGAUGCUGCAUCACCACAAUCAGAGAUUAACAAUGAUAAUCAUGCUUCCACAGAGUCAACCUCUCAUCCCUUAGGUCUAGAGGAAGAUUUUGUAGACAUCAGAGGCACAGCAGUCAGUCAGACUGUAAGCCACAAUUACAAUAUCAAGCACCUGGAAGAGAAUAUGCCAUACAUCUCCACAACCAUUCCUCCAAAAACAGCACCUAGGGAAACUGAAGAGGCAGCAUCACCUGUACUAAUAGAUACAGAAUCUUCUCAGAUCUCGACACAGUUUCAUAUUUCACCCUCUUGGCAUGAGCCCAACAUCGUCUCCCCCAUUGCUGAGACACCCGUGGCAGGUGAAACGAGAGCAAAUACACCACAGCCCAAACAAGAGAGCAGUUUUGAACAAAAACACAUCAGAGAGACUACCACUGAACCAAUAACCACAAUGGAUGACACAACAAAACCAAAGACUAUGUUAAUGUCUAAAACCCCAACGACAACAAAGUCUGCUCCUAAAAGGGCUGUUCUGCCGACAUCAGCCUCGUCCCGAUCACAGCCCAGUUUAGCAUUACCUGAUAGCAACAGGGAAGGCCAGAGCUCAAAGUAUCCUGGAGAAAACUAUAUUCCUGACGGCGGAAGGCAUCCAGGCACUUACAGACACACGUAUUACCCCAACAAUAAGAAUCCAUUCAUCAUUCGCAGGCCUGAUAUAGUAGAUCAAGUAGGCAUACAAUUUGUCACCACUUCCCCAGAGAAAAAAGGACAAGUUGAAAGGUCAACAAUCGCAAAGCCACUCAUUACCUCUCCAGCUGUGACCAAAACUUCAACUGCUCCGCCAACUGUCUUUAAGACACCCUCUUCAUCAAAAUUCAACGCUCCUCCACAUCAAACAAAUCAAAGUUCAACAAACUCUCGACACUCCAACACAGUAUUUUCUUCCAACACAUACAACAGGUCUCCUCAAAGGCCUGCCGCAGUGCCUGGACUAAAAGUAAAGCCAAAGAUUACCACCAGCAACAUCUACACAUUUAUAGUCAAUGCAUCUACAAAUGUGUCGCUUCCCUGUGAUGCCGUAGGCGAACCCAAGCCGUUCCUGACAUGGACUAAAGUUUCUACAGGUGCUAUCAUGUCGGCCAACAGUCAGCUGCAGAGGUUUGAAGUGCUGCCCAACGGGACCUUUGUCAUCCGUGAUGUGCAGCUUCAGGACCGAGGCCAAUAUCUUUGCACAGCCCAGAACCUUUACGGCGUGGAUAAGAUGACGAUCACACUGUUUGUCUUGGCUCAACAGCCCAAAGUGAUCAACCCGAGGCACCGUGACGUGACCGUGUACCUUGGGGAAAACACCAAUCUAGAGUGCCGCGCCCAGGGUCUGCCCGAGCCACACAUCACCUGGGUCCUGCCUGACAAGUCUGUGCUGCAUACAGUGAGCACGACGGAGCAGCGCGUCAUGCUUCUACCCAACCGAACUCUGCAGGUCAAGCAGGUCAACUACCCGGACCGAGGGAUUUAUAAAUGCAUAGCCAGCAACGUGGCCGGGGCCGACACGCUCUCGGUGCGCUUACACAUCGCUGCACUUCCUCCAAUGAUACAGCAGCCUCUUCAUGAGAACUUAACCGUCCUGGAGGGCCAGGCCGUCUUCAUCAACUGCAGCGCCAAGGGGGCGCCCCAGCCAGCCAUACGCUGGACGGUCUUUGACGGCACACAGAUACGCCCGUCGCAGUUUGUCAAGGGAAAUAUGUUUGUCUUCCCAAACGGAACGCUGUACAUUCGCAAUCUGUCCGGUAAGGACUCUGGAAGCUACGAGUGCAUGGCCAUUAACACAGUUGGGGCCGCAAGAAGGACAGUGAGCCUUGUGGUGAAAAAGAACACGGCUACCGCUAAAAUCACCUCCACGUCUCCUCAAAGCACGGAUGUCUUGUAUGGAGAGACACUGCUGCUAGACUGCAGGGCCUCUGGUGACCCACCUCCGAGGAUUGUCUGGAGGACCCCGUCCAAGAAAUUAAUAGACGCUCAUUACAGCUUUGAUCGCCGGAUGAAAGUCUACGCCAAUGGCACAUUAUUAAUUCAGGAUGUGACCGAUAAAGACGAAGGAGACUACUUGUGCGUUGCCAGAAACAAAAUGGGGGACGACUACGUGCUCCUCAAGGCCAAUGUGAUGAUGAAGGCGGCCAAGAUCGAAGCAAAGCAGCAAGGGAGCAGCCAGAAAAAGGUCUCCUACGGAGGAGACUUGAAAGUAGAUUGCAUCGCCUCCGGCCUCCCCAAUCCGGAGAUCAGGUGGAGUUUGCCAGAUGGAACUAUGAUUAACAGCGUUAUGCAAGCGGACGAUAGCGGAGCCACGGUGCGCACCAGAAGGUAUGUGCUUUUCGACAACGGCACCCUUUACUUUAAUGAGGUGGGAAUGAGAGAGGAGGGGGACUACACAUGCUACGCCGAGAACCGACUUGGCAAGGACGAGAUGAGGGUUCACGUCAAGGUCGUGGCUGCUCCCCCAGUCAUCAGGAAUAAAAGCCAUGAAAUCGUCAAAGUGAACUAUGGGGAUACGGUGGCGCUCGCAUGCAGUGCCAAAGGGGAGCCGACUCCCACCGUCACGUGGCUCUCUCCCACCAGCCGUAUCGUACCCCCCGUCUCAGACAAAUACCAGCUGCGGUCAGACGGGACUCUGCUCGUUCAGAAAGUGCAGAGGUUAGACAACGGCACCUACACGUGCAUGGCGAGAAACACAGCAGGCAUGGACAGGAAGUCUGUGACGGUGGAUGUUCUCGUCUCACCUCCCAUCAUCAAUGGGCUGAACCAGUCAGUCAGCUCCUCUCACGAGACUGCCAUGAGGGACCAGCGCAUGUUGCUCCACUGCAAAGCGGAGGGCACCCCGGUGCCGCGGGUCAUGUGGGUGUUGCCCGAGAAUGUGGUGCUGCCCGCCCCGUACUACGGCAGCAGAAUCACAGUGCACCGCAAUGGGACGCUGGACAUCCGUUCUCUGAGGACGACCGACUCCGUCCAGCUACUCUGCAUCGCACGUAACGAGGGAGGGGAGGCACGCUUACAGGUGUCCCUGGAUGUCGUCGAUGAGGUGGAGAAACCCAAGUUGAAGAGCCCAGCGUCAGAAACGGUGUCUCUCACCAGUGGCGUUUCCCUGACUUUGAACUGUAGCAUUGAAGGCCGGCCGACGCCCGAGGUGACCUGGAUUCUCCCCAACAGCACAACCAUCACCAGUGGCACAAGCAUUUUCAGAUACCACCACAAGCCCGACGGCAGCCUUCUCAUUAAAAACCCAACCCCAUCAGAGAUAGGUCGCUACCGUUGUGUCGGUAGAAAUUCUGCUGGGUUUGUUGAGCGUACUGUCAUAGUGCAGUCAGGAAAGAAGCCUGAUAUCAACAACAAAUACAACUCACUGGUAAGCAUUAUAAACGGGGAAAACCUGCGCUUGAACUGUCUCUCCAAAGGGCACCCCUACCCUAAGGUGACGUGGAGUCUGCCAAGUGGCGUCGUGCUCACCAGACCACAGACAAUGGGACGCUACACGGUUCUGGAAAACGGAACCCUUCUGGUGCAGCAGGCCUCCGUUUACGACAGGGGGACAUACCAGUGCAAGUCAACCAAUGAGCACGGCACAUCUGUGCUGUCCGUGCCUGUGAUCGUCAUUGCUUAUCCACCGCGUAUCACAAACGGCCCCGCGGCGGUGACGUACGCCAGGCCCGGUGUUGCCAUUCAGCUGAACUGCAUGGUCAUCGGGAUUCCCAAGGCUGAUGUGUCCUGGGAAAUGCCCGAUAAAACUCUUUUCAAAGCUGGCUCUCAGCCGCGGGUCUAUGGUAAUAAGUACCUUCAUCCACAAGGUUCCCUAGUCAUUCAGAACCCAUCCAGCAGAGACACUGGGUUCUAUAAGUGCACUGCCAAAAAUGUUGUAGGGAGUGACACCAAGUCAACAUACUUACAUGUUUUUUAAUGGUUACAAAUAUUUCAUUUUUUUUACAUGCCCAGAAAACUGCGUAAUUUUGGUGCACACGAUACUGUUCACACACCUGAGUUCGUUGAGUCUUUCAAUAUUUAAGGAAUAUCCAUGUGGUAGUGUAUGUCAGGGGGAAAAAAACAUGCACCUGUUUACACUUCUGUAAAUGUUCUGUAGAUGUUCUGUACUGAUCUCUACUAAAUUAAAAUUGAAUUACUGCAUUUUGUGUCUGGGAAUUCGGAUGCCAAAACUAAACAUUUUGAAUUGGUGACACCAGGGAACAAAAUUGUAACUUAUUUUGUCCAGUGUCCUUCAGAAUUAACUGCUCAAAUGCAUUAUUUGAUUUUACCUUUACCUUUUGUCAACUAAUACCUUAUUAUGAUACAAAUUGACUAUGUAUUUGUUACGUAAAGAAGGGAAUUUGAGUUUUAUUGUUUAAGAGACCAGCUCUUGUGUGUGUGUGUGUGUGUGUGUGUGUGUGUGUGUGUGUGUGUGUGUGUAUGUCUGUGUGUGUGUGUGUGUGUGUGUGUGUGUGUGUGUGUGUGUGUGUGUGUGUGUGUGUGUGUGUGUGUGUGUGUGUGUGUGUGUGUGUGUUGUAAUAAGCUUCAAGGUUUGUCAGAUAAUUCACACAGACACCCUUAUAUUCUGUUUUUUAUAUUUUAUUUUUCUAGUGUUUGUGUUUCAAAGCAUUAAACACAUGUAUUUUCUUAAAUUAUUUGUCUUUGCAAGACUUGUGAAACAUUUUCAUUUAUUAAUGGACAUACAGUAACUACUUUAAACAGCUUCAUAUGAAAAGCAAAAUGAACAUUACUCAUUCAUGAGCAUAUCAAAAUGAUCCGUUGAAAUACCUUUUUUGGAUCAUUUCUCCAACUUAUCGUUUCCUACAUGCCAAAAACUGUUUUAAAGACAAAGUGUGAUCAUUUUAAUUGGACCACAACAGUGGUCAGUCGCUUUUCUACUACUGCAAACAUUUUUCAAUA